ACUUCAUGAUGUUCACUCAAGUCUACGUCAACUUGAUAGAUCAACGCGACACGUUGGGCAGAGUACUUCAGUCUUUGGGUCUUCAGCUGCCAUCCUUCCCCGCGGGUCUCAUACACUAAAAAAGUGGCCCGUCGUCUGACAACACUGAAGUAGAGCAUCACGAUUCACACCUCUGGCCCCGGCUCAGCCUGAGACCUUUGGUCUACCCCGAGCCAACUCCCGACAACGAAGCGAUGUUUUGCCGCUCGCAUGAUAUUCACGUGAUCGCGUCGAUUUUUAUCCCAGUACUCCAAGCUUCAGGAGUCUGGAGUACCCGCAGGCCAAUACUUUCCUCUACUAGGUCGUGGACUACUCACUGUCACCACGAUUUAGAGAUGAGGCUAUUCACCAUAGCAUUCAACAAGUACUUGCAUGCAGGACUGGCACAGACACAAACUUCGGCUACAACUGAGAACGCAUCAUGCGUGUCUGUUCCUGCCGAAGCAUUUUACACAGCAUAUUUUUAACGUCCUAGCUCAUACAUAAGACGGUCGUUUUAUCUGAUGAACCGCUCAAAAAUUUCAUGCUUUUUUCUCGUGAAAUGGCCACCAAUUUUUUGUAUUCCUUUGUUGUUGCGGUCAGCACCAUGACGGUCGCCGUCAACGCUCAGACAUUUGCGCCGCUCCAGUUUGCAGGCGUGAAUAUUGCAGGUUUUGACUUCGGUUGUGGUACAGAUGGCACUUGCAUUAUCUCGGAGGUUGUCCCCCCUGUCUACCAACUAUCCGGUGUUGAUGGUUUGGGCCAAAUGCAACAUUUUGUCAAAGAUGACGGCUA